AUGCUCGCUACAUAUCUCAAGCCAAGGUCUCUAUUGCAGCGGUACGCCCUCAGGACCGCCAUUGCCGCGCUGGGGUUGGGAAUCGCGUACGAGGUGGACAAGGAGUUGCAUGCAUCCGCAAUCAUACGGAACCUACGAACCCUUUGGACAUGCGCCGUCAUAGCGCUUGAUUACAAGCUCAAUUUCAAGCACGAGAAGGAAGGAGAUAUACCCGCUCUCCAGGAACGCGUUGCCCAGCGUGUUUACGAUCUCCUCACCACUAAUGCCGGUUUAUACAUCAAAAUCGGGCAGGCAUUCGCGAACAAUGCCGCGCUUCUCCCCCGGCCCAUGCAAGAGAAGUUUGCCCGCUUGUUCGACGACGCGCCCCAGGUUCCUUACUCUGUCGUCGAGAAGGUCUUCGUAGCCGAGUUCGGCCGUCCUCCAGCAGGGCCGAAUGGCGUAUUCGAAGUCUUCGAAGAGCAGGCCGCGGCGAGCGCGAGCAUCGCGCAGGUCCAUCGCGCAAAGCUCAAGGCCGACGAUCGGUCCGACGAGUGGGUCGCGGUGAAGAUCCAGAAGCCUGACGUGAGCAAGCAGGUGGAAUGGGAUCUCGGGGCAUUCACCGUAGUUAUGUGGAUGUACGAGCACUGGCUGUUCAACAUCCCUGCCAUGUUUGCCGUCAAUUUCAUCAACGACCACCUCCGCCGCGAACUCGACUUCGAAGCGGAGGUCCGGAACGCGACGGAAACGACUUCCUACAUCGCGCGUGAGCCCCGCCUGGCAGACCGCGUCUACGUCCCCAAGGUCUACCCCGAGUACUCUACGAAGAAGGUCAUGACGGCGGAGUGGAUCGAUGGUGUCCGGCUCUCUGACCGGCGUGGAAUCGAACGUCUCAUGGGGAGCGACGCGCGGGAAUCCUCGCGCCCUCCUCUUGCAGCAGACCGCUUCCCCGUCCUCAAGGGUGGGUCGGAGUGGGUCAUGCGUACGAUGGUCGACCUCUUCUCCGCGCAGAUCUUUGACUGGGGCUGGGUGCACUGCGACCCCCACCCGGGCAACAUCAUCAUCCGGCCGCACCCUGACCCCACAAAAGCGAAGAAGGGCCAGGCGCAGUUUGUUCUCCUCGAUCACGGCCUGUACGUGCGCGUAUCAGAUGCGUUCCAGCAGCAGUAUGCUCAGCUGUGGAAGGGCCUGCUGACGCUCGACUUCGACGUCGUCAAGGGCGUAGCAUCGGAGUGGGGCAUCGGAACGCCAGAUCUGUUCGCCAGCGCGACCUUGAUGCGACCCGUGCGGUUCCAGCAGAGCGACGCGCCCGACUUCGACAAGAUGGACAACUACGAGCGAGGCGUUCUCAUGAAGGAACGGCUAAAGGGCUUUCUGACGGACACGGAUAGGCUGCCUAAGGAGCUGCUUUUCAUUGGACGCAACAUGCGUAUCGUGCAAGGCAACAACCAGUCAUUCGGUUCGCCAGUAAACCGCGUUCGUAUCACUGGUUAUUGGGCGUCACGCUUCCUGGUGACGUCUCACAAGCUGGCCACGGGACGUCGCAUUCGGGAGUUCUUCAAUCACUUCAUCUUCAUGUCGGUCCUUUUCACCUCGGACAUUAUCUUCUGGGCCACGAAGAUCCGCCAGUGGGCCUGGCAUCUAUUUGGACGCAAAGGCCAGAGCUUCGAGGACGAACUUGAGGCCUCGAUGCGUAGCUUUGCGAAGUCGAAUUUCGGAAUUGACGUCCCUGCCAGUGCGUUUGAGGGUUAGAGCUUAGAAUACCGUAGAUUAGCAUACCGUAGAUGACUUAAUACUUGAGUAUGAUCGCACGCCUCAAGAGUCGA